AUGUCGUCUACAAUCCCACUCAAAACACACCGGAAAGCCUUGAUAGGCUCCCCCUCAAACUUCUGGUCGCACUCUUCCAAAAAUGGAUUCGACCUCACCCAUCCGUCUUCACACUCGUCACCAAUCUCAGGGCCCACACACACAAUUCAGACAUCGACUGAACCCGUUACAAUCGACCCAUCCAAGUCCGCCCUUGUCAUUAUCGAUAUGCAAAACUUCUUUCUCUCCGAAGCUUUCGGUCGCGAUCAGAAAGGUCCCGGUCACGUUGCUUGCGAAAUGUUGAUCAAACAUGCAAUACCAGCAGCACGGAAAGCCGGUAUCAGAGUAGUUUGGGUGAACUGGGGGCUUACGGAGGAGGAAGUCAAAGAAAUGCCGCCAGCAGUGAAACGCGCAUUUGGUUUCUUUUCUAUCCCCGCCGAUACCAACUUCAAGGCCGACGAUGCUUUCGCACAUCACGAAGAAAGCGUGAGCGUGGAUCGCUAUGGCAAAGAAAAUCAGUCCUUUUAUCGUGGAAUCGGAGCUGACUGCGGGACUCUCAAGUUUCCAGAUGGAAAGGCUGUAGAGGGAGGUAAACUGCUCAUGCGCGAUUCCUGGAACGCCGCACUCUACCCUCCACUCGACACCAUGUUUACCGAAGGCAGCAAGUUGGAUAGUAAACCUGAUGUCUGGAUACACAAGAACAGGAUGAGCGGAAUGUGGGGUGCAACGACACCUCUCAAAGAGUUUCUAGAUAAAGAGGGUAUCAGGACGUUGUUCUUUACUGGUGUCAACACGGAUCAGUGUGUCAAGCCCCGCGUAAACCGCGCCCAAACUGCCGUAGAAACCGCAAACGUAAAACACUCGAUGAACCCCUUCGAUGAACUCUCCAUCGAAGAAGCAGUCCGCAUGCGCGAAAAGAAGGCCCACCACGCAAAUGCCCCCAACGUAGAAGAAAUCGUCGCCUUCUCUGCGGGUGUCGCGAAAUCCCAAGACAUCCUCCGUACAGCCAUGGCCAUGGGCGCAGACCGAGGCAUACACGUAGUUGUAGAAGAAAAGGACACCCUGGAACCAUUGGGUGUCGCAAAGCUCCUACGAAAAGUAGUAGACGAGCAAAAGAGCAAUCUAGUCAUCCUAGGCAAACAAGCCAUCGACGAUGACGCUGGCCAAACAGGACAAAUGCUCGCAGGCCUCCUAAACUGGCCUCAAGCAACCCAAGCCUCUAAAGUCACAAUCAAGGACCAAACCGUCGAAGUCGUACAGGAGGUCGACGGCGGCGUGCAAACCAUCAAGGCCAAGCUCCCUAUGGUCAUCACUACGGAUCUGCGCCUCAACGAACCCCGAUAUGCCAGCUUACCCAACAUUAUGAAGGCAAAGAAGAAGAAGCUAGAUAAGAAGAGUCUGAGCGAUUAUGGACUGGAUACCGAGAUUAGGUUGAAGACGGUCAAGGUUACGGAGCCGCCGCCACGGAAGGGUGGUGUCAAGGUUGAGGAUGUGGAUGGUAUGAUUAGCAAGUUGAAGGAAUUGGGUGCUUUGUAA